GACUUUCACUGUAUUUUAAUAUUUUUUUAAUCCAGUGCUUACGUAAAAACCAACAUUAUUGUGUGUAAUUUGUUUCAACUCUUGAGUUGUGUUGUGUUAUUUAUUAAAAUUGUCUAUUAAUUGGGAUUGGCAAGCUGUUUAUUGUUAAAAAUUAACCAAAAUGGUGCAGGCUAAUACAACCACAGGUCUGAUUAAACAUGACAAGAAGCAUCGAUUGAAACAACGGUUUGAAGUUAAACAUAAACUAGGCCAAGGAACUUAUGGAAAAGUUCAAUUAGCCAUCAAUAAAGAAACCGGGCAAGAGGUGGCAAUUAAGACAAUUAAAAAGUCAAAGAUUCAAAGCGAACAAGAUCUUGUACGAAUCAGAAGAGAGAUUCAGAUCAUGUCUUCAAUUCAACAUCCACAUAUCAUCCAUAUUUAUGAAGUUUUUGAAAAUAAGGAAAAGAUAGUGUUGGUCAUGCAAUAUGCCAGUGGAGGUGAAUUAUACGAAUAUGUUUCGGAUCGAAAGUUGUUGUCAGAUAAUGAAGCCCGACGAUUAUUCAGACAAAUAGCAACAGCAGUUUACUAUUGUCACAAGAACAAAGUGUGUCACAGAGAUCUCAAAUUGGAAAACAUUUUGCUAGAUCAUAAUGGAAAUGCAAAGAUCGCUGAUUUUGGCCUUUCAAAUGUUUUCGACGAGAAACAUUUUCUUAAUACAUUCUGUGGGAGUCCACUUUAUGCAUCGCCUGAAAUUGUUAAAGGGAUACCUUAUUAUGGUGCCGAAGUCGAUUGUUGGUCUCUUGGAGUUCUUCUUUACACUCUUGUCUAUGGAGCUAUGCCUUUUGAUGGAAGCAAUUUCAAGCGUCUAGUCAAACAAAUAUCUGAAUCUAGUUACUUUGAGCCCAAGCAGAAAUCAGAGGCAUCGGGAUUAAUAAAGAGAUUACUGGCUGUAGAUCCUAAUAAACGAGCUACAAUCAUUGAUAUUUGUACUGAUUGGUGGGUCAAUAAAGGAUAUGAACAUUCGCUUCUUCAAGUAGCUGAAGAUCUUUCUAAUUUAACGCCUGUUCGUCUGGAUGUAUUACUAGCUUUAGCUCCUACUUCACCGCCGACUAAAAGUGAAAGACAACAUCCUCUGGCUAAAAAAGAGUCUGAAUCGGAGGAAAAUAGUAAACAAAGAGGAUCUGAAGCAGUUUUGUAUCCUCCAUGUAGCGAUUAUCAAGCUGAUACUUCUGAACUUUCCACAGAUAUUCCCACUUAUGCCGAAGAAGAAGAAGAACUUGCUGAUGCAAGUGAAAUUGUUGACGAUGGUGACGAGUUUUUACCUUCAGCUGUUGCCGCAGCACUUCAGGAUGAAUAUCAAGAAGCUAUUGAUAAAAAAGAUGAAAUUGAACAAGCACAAGCUUCUGGAAUAACUGGAACAGAAGAUAAUGAAGCAACUAAAUCAACCAAAAGAAUAGCUGGGUCGUCUUUCGAUUCUAGUGUUAGCCAAACUCAAAGCCAAAGCCAGAUAACGAAAAGAAAGAAACCCAAAAAAGGAUCUGAUGUUACAGUUAAUGAUACAGAUGACAAGCAAGCUUCGACCUCAGGUUAUAUAAGUGAUGUAACGUCAAUCACAGCGACCAGUCAAAUGGUCACUGAUGAUUUAUCCAAUGAAACAGGAGAAACGAUAACCGCAAUAGAUGAACAUAGUGAAGUAGAGCAAAAAUCUGAAAAUGAUGCCACUAUGCUCAACCAAACAGUGCCUUUAGACUCAUUGCCUGAUGAAACUAUUUCUACAUCCUCUGAAAUUUCAUCUCUCCUUGAUACAAGUAAAGUUGAUUCAACACAACCAACAUUACAUACUCAAUCUAGUGCCUCAAUUAAAACACUCACAGCCAAAGAUAGCCAAGCUACUCUAUCAGAAUCCUCGACAAGUACUCUCAUUGAUGAACCACGUUCACAAAUAUCUCAACAAAAGUCAGUUUCAUCUUCUAGUGUCAAAAGCAAAAGUAAAAGUGCCAGUCCUAAAAGACCAAUAUCUUCGAAAACUUCACAUGUUUCAUCUACUCCCACUGCUUCAUCAACAGUCACAAGCAAUAAACCGUCCACAAGUAGCUCACCUAGCUCUAAGGUAUCGGAUAAACGUAUUAAACCAGUUGAUAAAGGUCCCAAAAAAGCCAAAGAAUCUCCACCGAAAAGUAUAAAAGAUGAAGAACCAGCAAAAGCUUCAACCUCAUCGACAACGAAAAAAGAUUCAUCUUCAUCAAUUGCAUCGCCUUCAGCAUCAAAUUCUGAAAUUGGUGAUUCACAACCCACAACUCCAGAUGCAGAAAAAACCAAACCUUGGCUAGAGAGAAGAUCCAGUGUUAAUCGAAAGGUUGGAAAAAUUUCAUACCCAAAGUUCCUUGAGAAUACAACACCACCGGAAAAGAAACCGGUUCCUACUUAUGGUAAAAUAUCAACAGCUAAAAAAUUGUUUGAAACUCGACGAUCAAGUAUCGAUAAGGAUAAGGAAAGAGUCAUUCCCAUGGUUAAGGUGUCUGAUGCUAAGCAAGCCUUUGAAAGACGAGCUUCAAUGCCUGCUUCUCAAGCUCCGUUAUGGAAAAAUGCUGGCGAAAGAAAAGGUAGCUUAAUAACACAAUCUUCUCUUGAUGAAACUAGUAGUCGAAUUUUGUCAAAAGAAAAGUCUUCCACUGAAACUAAACCAACAACUCGUCCAAAGAAAUCAUCUUUAUCACCAGAUAAACGAAGAUCUCCAAAUAAAUCUACAGUUACAAAGAUCGCUGAUAAAUCUCCAGAAGCCAAACCUUCGAAAAAAUCUGAUUUAAAGUCUGAAACAUCCCAAAAACCAAAAGAAUUAUCUCCAGCAAAAGGUAAAAGUGAAAUCUCUGAUCAAAUUAUUGUUAACAAAAAAUCAGAUGAUGCUGGCGUAACUAUCAAACCAACAGACGAAAACAAGCAGCAAAAAGUGAAACAAGAAACGCAACAUGAUGAUCAACAAGUUAAGCCAAAAGAAUCUGGGUCUGUUGGUGAUGGAGGAAACGAAAGUGUUUCAAGGUUGACUGAUUCUCCGUCUAUCGUACAUAAUGAAGACGAGAGAAAACUUGUCGCCAAAGAUAUAAUAAAAAAGCAAAUUGCUAAAGCCAAGUUACAGGAACUGAGACAAUCAUCGAUAGAAUCUUAUGAAUCAAACUUAUCAGCUUCAGAUCAAGGAAAAUUAAAUUGCCAAGGAGGAUCAGAGGAAUCUUCCACUUCUUCAACAGCUUCUACUGCUAAACCUAAAUCCUACGUAAAAGCUCCUCAACCAUUUAUCAAAGAAGAAAUCAAACCUACACCAGUCCGAAGCGUCGCUGAGAUUAAAUUAUCCUCAAAACCUAAAUUGGGCUUGGACAUUGAGGCAGCUCAUCGAGGUCAGCAACAAAAACAACAAAAAGAGAUUGAAGAAGUAGCACCAACUAAUAUUGUGGAACCACCAUCAACAGCAGGAACUCAAAAUCAAGAGUCGAAUCCAGGAACACCAUCAACUGCAUUAAGCAAAGCGGCUCCAAUCACCCGAAGUUACAAGAAGGUGAUAUUCACCAAGGACGGAGCUUGUAUAACAGAAACUGGUAAAAUAAUCGCAGAAGAAGGAGCUGAUGGAUCAUUCAGCAGAAUUGAGAAGAAGAGUAAAGUAACACAUUACCCUGUUGGUGCAGCAAGUUCCGCUCGGUCCGAAUCAAGUGAAGAAACUCGAACAGUUAAAAGCUUUGGUGGAUCUGCUGAUGAUGGCCGCAAUGGUUCUGUUUCACCUCCCGCUGUGCGGCCAAUUCCUGAUCUUCGUAGAUCUGAAAGUGCAUCUUCUUCCGGAUCAACUGAUAUCUUUGAUGAUAUAUUUGACACUUGGAGUGGGGAUCCAGUUUUCAGUAAUCUCAGUGGUCGAAUGAGAUCAAUUUUCUCUCAGAGUCGAUCGCCUUUCGCAAGCCUUUGGGGCACAGGUCGCUCCAAAAAGGCGAAAAAGAAAUCACGAGCCGAAAGUGCUGAACGUAAACCCAAAACUGAAACUCAAUUGGGCAGUGGUUGGCGCAGAACACCAGGUCAUGGGACAGAUCAAGAAUACAGUGAUACAGACACUGAUACAGAGCAAUCUAUUGGCUUUGGAGGUGGAGGUGGACUUUGGAAGUUUCUUGGAUCCAAUCCUUCUUCAAGUAAUCUGCUCGAUCGUCAUCGGUCACUUCUAUCAAAACAUUUUGGUUCAGAUGACUUUUUCAGUGAUAAUGAACCAUUUGGCUCUUCUUUUCGACGGUCACUAAGUCGUGAUAGAGGAUCAACAUCAUUCGGUCCAACUCGCAGCUCAGCUACACCCACUGUUCGAAUGGUUAUUAAUCCUCUUCGUAACAUAGACUCUGCUACUCGUAUGGCAACCCCGCCUUCGAAACAGGAUAGUCUAGAUUCUAAUGAGAGUGGAGGUAGCAAUGCUCAACAUAUUAACUCAGCAUCAUUCUUUUCAAGACCAGUUACCGGAAGACCUUAUGCUCGAACUAUAUCUAGAGAAAGUCAAAGGCAACGUGAAGGCUGUGAGGACAAUAUUGGAGGAACCAGUGGGGCGACCUCACUGGAUUUGGAUGAAUCAGGUCCACGACGUCGAGUAGAGAAAUGGUUGGAUAUGAAUCGAGAUGAUGAUGAGAUCGAUCAGAAUCAUCCAAUCAGUAUGUACACAACUAUCCGCCCUCGCCCAAUAAACCGUUAUGGAAGAUCCGUUAGUUCUCGAUUUGGUUUUGAUCUAGGAUCAGUUGACUCAAAUCGAGUUUUAGAUCCACCAAGUGGAUCAAAUUUGUCUUUCAGCACUACUCAGGAAAUUCAAAUUGGAUCUCCUAAAGUCUCUGAAACAUCUCGAUUUGUCAGAGAUGAUUCUAUGACAGCUAAACCUCGGUCAGAGGUGAUUAUACCUGUUAAUCGAAACACAUCUCCUAUUGUAACCUCAAACUCCAAUAAACCUUUAAUUACCAUGAAAUUGUCACUUGGAGGUGGAAAUGAACCCAGGGAGUCGAGGACUUUAAUUUCAAGUUCAGGAGUAGGAGGAGGAGGAAGAUUGGGACUAUCUUCAUCAGGUAUUGUUGAAACACCGGGUACGGCAGAUUCUGACGAUUGGUCAAGUCCAGUUUUACUUCCUGAAAACUCUUCCUUACUGGAUCAGCUUCGUACCCAUGGUUAUCGAAAUCUGGUUUCACAGCGGUUAUCUGGUCUCAGUGGAGCCUCCGGAGGAGGAGAAUCCAGGUACGAUAAUCGCGACAAUAGUACUACUACUACUUCCACAACCACAACCACAACCAGCCUUCCUCCUCAACAAAUGAAAAGAGGUAAGAGUUUAACGGGAGACUCUUCCUCACUUCGUGCUCUUGAGAAUCUAAUUGAGAAUGAUGGAGAAAUCGCAUGGAAUCCUGUUAAUGGUGAAACAAUUAAAUAUAAUAAUAGCAUGUUCGAGUCAAUGGAACCAACCACUAACCAUGAAACUAGUUCUAAUCGGAUUGUUAGAGUUGAUAAAAUACCUGUUGACCGUGAUGGUGUUAUUAAUAGUUGGGUUCAACAAAAACAAUCUAACAAAGCUAAUAAUAUCAUAGAUGAUGGGAAUGGGGGUGACGAUGGUGAUAAUCAAGGAACCAUUAGUGGUCAAAGACUAACAAAUAAUAAAAAUCAAUGCAAAACUGAGAUAAAUGUGGAUAUUGUGAGAAAUAAUGAUAAAUGUAAAUUUAACAAUAAGAAAGGUUCUGAGUAUGUAAAUAGUAAGGAAAUUAAUCAUCAUCGUCCAAGCCUGAACCAACACCUAAAUCCCUUUCACCUUCACCAACAAUCAGAAACUGAUUGUGGACCCGAAAUUACCUCAAAAUCAUCAGCACCACCACAGGCUUGUUUCAACAGGCAAAAGUCUAAUGAUAAUAAAUCAUUUCAUCAUCUGUCUAAAGAUGCUUAUGAUGAUAUUAAUAGGAAAAAUGUAAAAAAUGAUGUUGAUAAUAAUGAAGAUACUUCCGCAUCUCACAGAUCGUUAAUCAACAAUGCCAACAGUAGUACCACAUCUAAUGAUCCAAAUCACAAAGAAACUCUUCAGGAACGGAUACUUCGUAAAUCAUAUUACUCUCGGUUCAAUCAUCCCCUUGAAAGGAGAGGAUCAUCUAAUCGACGACGAACUUCAUUAAUAGAAAACGGUGAUCGACUUUUUGACUUUUCGUUAUUUGAUAAUCCACAUUAUUCUCGUCAUUAUCCUUCAACGUCGACUUCCAAUCACCCUCACUCACAUCAUCCCGAUCUCCAGCCAUUUGAUAGUCUUGGAAAUCAUCAUCAUUCUCAACAACAGAAUCUUCACCUAAAGCCUCCACUUUUUCUUACAAAUGAUCAGUUUAUUCAACGAGUUCAAGUUAGAGCUCAACAGUUAAUUGAAGAGGCUCGUGAGAGACGCGACAGAAUCAAUUCGAAGUUAAUGUCAUCCUUACGACCAACCACUUUUGACCUUAAUCACGACAGAGAUGAUUUCUUCGGACAUGGUAAUCACAGUAAUAACUCUUCUCAUUCUCUUGCAUAUUCUUCGAGGUCUCGAGAGCCAUCACCCAUGUUUUCCCGACGAACCAGUUCUUUUUCAGGCUCAGAAGAAGUUGAUCUCAAAUCUCGUCGACCUUCAUCGUCCACGACAUCAACAACAACUAGUCAACCAUCAACCAAUAAAACAAUGAAUGGAAACAGUAAAAGCUUUUCUAGAAGUCAGUCUGCUCGGACAAACUCUACGCGAUACACCAAUGGCCACAGUCAAGAUUUAGAUGACGAUUUAAUUGAUAAUAUUGACGACAGUAAUCAAUUUGCCAGUGAUGAUAAUGACUUUGGAGAUGACUUAACUUCUCGUGCCCAAGUUGUUUCAGAAGCUUUACGGUUACUCAAAGAGCGUGCCUUACAAGAGAAUUGAUCUUAGCAUCGAUGGACAAUAAUUGGACAAUACUUGUUCCCGAAUGAUUCAUUAUAUUGAGCAAAAAUAUAAUAGAUUCAUUUAAUACAUUCGACUUAUUGCAUUGUAAUCUUUAUUUACUCAAAUAAUAAGAGAAUCUCAGUUUAAACCAUUCAAA